CUCCUCCAUAUAUACAAGGUUGUGUUCUUCGCAUUUCUCCGAACGCUCUCCUUCCCUGUGUCUCCGUCCUCAGAGGCGCUGCUUCUCGUUACCUCGGUUUUUGGUUGGUUUAUCAGAAGUUUUUGCUGAUAAAUCAUACCAACAUUGUCGUUUUCCCCCUUACAAUCUUACAAUCUUCUCUUCUGUGGUGUUCCUGAAAGAGGAUUCUAAUGGGUUCCUCAUUCGGGUUUUAGAUCCUUCCUCACCUGUUGCAGAAUAGAUCUGUCUCUCUUGUUUGUUCACUGAGCGGAUCAAGUUUCUGCAUUCGGAUUUUGUUGCCUCCCUGUAACUCUUGUUUGCUUUACAAACAUGGAGAAGCUUCGGAGAUGCAUUUCCAUAACUCCCCUGUUUAUGCAUGCCUUACUUGUUUGGCUCCCUCUUGCUUUUGCUGGGCAUGAUUAUGGCCAAGCCCUGAGUAAAGGCAUUCUUUUCUUUGAAGCGCAGAGGUCUGGUUACCUACCCAGGAACCAGAGAGUUCAGUGGAGAGCCAAUUCCGGUCUGCAAGAUGGGAAGGCUAGUGGGGUUGAUCUGGUAGGAGGGUACUACGAUGCAGGGGACAACGUGAAGUUUGGGCUCCCAAUGGCCUUCACCAUUACCAUGAUGUCCUGGAGCAUAGUUGAGUAUGGGAAGCAAAUUGCUGCAAAUGGAGAGCUUGGACAUGCCAUGGCUGCUGUGAAAUGGGGCACUGACUACCUCAUUAAAGCCCACCCAGAACCAUAUGUCCUCUAUGGAGAGGUGGGUGACGGAAACAGCGACCACUACUGCUGGCAGAGGCCGGAGGACAUGACGACGGAUCGCCGGGCCUACAAGAUCGAUGCGAAGAACCCCGGUUCCGACCUGGCCGGAGAGACAGCAGCGGCAAUGGCAGCAGCCUCUAUCGUCUUCCGACGCUACAACCCGUCUUACUCCAAUGAGCUCAUUAACCAUGCUAAGCAGCUGUUCGACUUCGCUGACAAAUACAGAGGCAAAUACGACAGCAGCAUCACAGUGGCGCAGAAAUACUACCGAUCUUUCAGUGGCUAUGCGGAUGAAUUGCUUUGGGCAGCUGCAUGGAUUUACAGGGCAACCAAUGAUGUGUAUUACCUCAAUUACCUGGGCAACAAUGGUGACUCCUUGGGUGGGACUGGUUGGGCCAUGACUGAGUUUGGAUGGGAUGUCAAGUACGCUGGGGUCCAAGUUCUUGUUUCCAAGUUUCUCAUGCAAGGGAAGGGUGGUCGCCACUCGUCGGUCUUCCAAAGAUACCAACAGAAGGCGGAGUAUUUCAUGUGCUCAUGCCUUGGAAAGGGGACCCGGAAUGUGCAGAGGAGCCCUGGAGGCCUUCUCUUCCGCCAAAGGUGGAACAACAUGCAGUUUGUAACCGGUGCAUCCUUCCUGCUCACCGUGUAUUCCGACUAUCUCUCUUCUGCUCAAAGAAGCGUCAAGUGUGCUGCUGGAACUGCCUCUCCCUCUGAGCUUCUUGGCUUUGCCAAAUCUCAGGUGGAUUACAUACUUGGGGACAACCCAAGAGCCACAAGUUACAUGGUUGGGUACGGUAGCAAUUACCCAAAACAAGUGCACCACAGAGCAUCCUCCAUUGUGUCUAUCAAGGUUGACCCUAGAUUUGUUAGUUGCCGAGGGGGUUAUAACACUUGGUUCAGCCGGAAGGCAAGCGACCCAAAUCUCCUAACAGGUGCUAUUGUUGGUGGUCCUGAUGCCUAUGACAACUUCGCUGAUCAGAGGGACAACUACGAGCAAACAGAACCAGCAACCUAUAACAAUGCUCCCCUUCUCGGUGUAUUGGCACGACUUAGUGGAGGCAGCGGUGGGUUUAAUCAACUCCUACCAGUUGCACUCCCGCCACCUAAAUCUGUAACCAAGCAACCAACUCCAGCACCACAACAUAAACCAACACCUGCCCCAGCUAUAUCUUCUGCCCCAAUUGCUAUUGAGCAAAAGACAACAACAUCGUGGAAUGCCAAGGGGAAAACUUACUACAGAUACUCAACCAUGGUGACAAACAACUCUGGGAAAACUGUCAAGGACCUUAAGCUUUCGAUAUCAAAGCUUUACGGUCCUCUUUGGGGCCUCAACAAGUCUGGUGAAACCUAUGGAUUCCCGUCAUGGAUCACCUCUUUAGCUGCUGGGAAAAGUCUUGAAUUUGUUUACAUUCACUCUGCCUCUGCUGCUGACAUCUCAGUCUCAAGCUACACUUCGGCUUGACAGAAAAGCCAACUAAAAUACGGAGAAGAGAAAGAUGCAUUCUUGAUUUUGGGGGGUUGAAAUGUAACAAUUGUGCAGCUAUAGUGYUAUACAAACAGCAGUCCAGAAGGAUUCUUUUUUUUUAUCCUUAAUUUGGGGUCUGAUUAUGGUAUUUAGUUGAAGCUUAGGUCAAAUAAGAUGAGGGUUAGGAGAGAAAGGUGUGAAGAGACAAAGGAAGGAGCGCUCAUCCUCUUUCUUCUCCACUUCAUUGUAGUUAUAUAUAGCGAGACAUUUGAAGGAAGACAAACAGAGAGAGAGAGAGAGAGAGUUGGGAAGGUGAUAAAGGAGGCCUUUCUCAACUGAUUUGAAGGAGUCUUUGGUUUCUUUGUAUUUAAAUGACAUUUGUGGACUUUGUGUACCCAGGUUGUAAGCUCUGCAACUUUGUUGUUUCAAAUAUGAAUACAGUUUGUGAAAGGAAAUAUCGUACCUCUACUUUUUUUUU